AUGCCGAGACAUGUGGCUGUUGCUUUGGAUGAGGGAUGCUUCACGGAAUUUUCAACUCCAGAAGGCGAUCGUUUCCGUUGCGAGAUAUGUAAAAGCCGGCUCCUCAAAGAUAGAUCAAAGCAUUCAAAGCUGAAGUCCCAUCAAGAACGAACGUCGGCCUCCAAGCAGCAAUGUGCUCUCUCGCUUACAGCUGACCAAAACGUUACAAAUACAACUGUGAAUUUGGAGGAUGAAGAAGGUCUCAGUCAGGAAUUUCAUAAUGUCUUUUUGGAUCGGACUUUUGAGAAGGAGAGAGAAGACAACAUACACAUGGAGAAUGACUCGGAUUCAGCUGAACACAUCCGGCCUCCGCUAGAAGAAUUUGACGAGCCGGCCCCCGCGGAGAACUACUGGGACUCAGAAGACGAAUGCGAGCUGGAUUGGAUUGAUAUUCUGCCUGAAGAUGAAGCUAAUCACCAUGGCAAAAGAGAACAAAAGAAAGGUGAUGAGGAGAAAGAGAAAAAAGGAAAAGACUCACCUUGGUAUCCCUUCCGGAACAAACAUGUGAGCCAGAUCCUCGAGUUACAUCCUAUGUGA